CGGCACUGUGCUGUUUCUAAGUCAAGGUGGUCAGAGUCCAAAGUUAUUCUUAUAGAAGCAUACAGUACACUUCUACUUGCCUGCAUAUACAUAUCAUUCUGCACUUCGACUAAUUAUUUACUUACGUAAUUAUUUCCAACAAUAACGCGCAUAUGUAUGAAAAUCAUUAUAAGCUGCAUUAAAAUCCGAUACAAUGAUGAUCCACGCGUAUCGAUCAUGCUUCAGGAAUCUGAGGAUAUCUCUUGCUAGAAAUUAUGCAUCGAGUUCUAAAUUAGUGGACGUCAGUCGCGAUGACAAAACAGGCGUCAGUAUCAUAUCAAUGUCAAGAGCACCAGUGAACGGAUUGAAUAGGGAACUGCUUGUAGAAUUGGAAAGAUCCCUAAAGGAAGCACAAGAUGAGCGCCGAAGGGGGGUAGUGCUUACGUCCUCGUUGUCAAAUGUAUUCUCAGGAGGUCUUGACAUAAUGGAGAUGUUUAAGAAGGAUGCUGAAAGCAUGAGCAAGUUUUGGAGUGCGCUACAGGACUUGUAUCUCACUCUUUAUGGUUUGAGUGUACCAAUCGCUGCCGCCAUUAAUGGUUCCAGUCCAGCGGGUGGCUGCUUUUUAGCAAUGUGCUGCGAAUACAGAGUCUUUGUUGACGGGAAGCAUACUAUUGGUUUGAACGAAACAAAUCUAGGAAUCGUAGCUCCAAAAUGGUUUCAGAAUGUCAUGAUCGCUACUAUUGGACAUCGUAACGCGGAACUGGCGCUUUUGCGUGGAACACUGUUCUCGCCCCAAGAAGCACUGAGAAUUGGCUUGGUGGAUGAAUUAGCAACUGACAAGGCAGAUGCGAUAAGCAAAUGUGAAAAUUACAUUGCCUCCUUCGCCAGGAUUCCAGGAACAGGGAGGUAUUUGACGAAACUGGGAGUACGACAAGAACUAAUACAGUGGAUGCACGAUAAUCGAGAAGUGGAUGUUAACAGCUUUGUGACAUUUGCGCAGACACCCGAAGUUCAAAAGAAUUUGGAACUCUACGUUAAAUCGCUAAAGAAGCGGUGACACGGCUUGCAAGGAAACCGACCUUCCAAACAGCUCAUCAAAUAAAACAAAAAACAGUGCGAGAUACUUUUACUAUGGAAAAGUUUACUUUUGUAUUUUCAUAUCUGAGGAAUAAAGAUACAUAAAUACCGUGAGAUUAAAAA